AUGAGUGAAAGCUUAAGUAAUGAUCACCUUAGGAGAACCACAACAAAUUAUUUUACAACAAUUAAACAGAUACUUAGAAAAGAAACUACUGAAGAAACAGAAUAUAUACAAGAAAUUGAAGAUACUAUUAAUGAAACUAAUGAUGCUAAGGAUAUUCAAACUAUAACUGAAAAACCAAUUGAAACAAUUGAAACCUUGAACCCAAUUGUCGAGGAUGAUAGAGAUUCUAUUAAAUUAUAUGAAACAGAAAAUAGCUAUCAAGCAGAUUGGAGAUGA